GACAAAACUCAAUGAACUUGAACCUACAACACCCUAACUUGGUCUAUUGGAUAUUGAACAGUUGACAUAAAAACCACUUGAAAGUUCAGCUAUUAGUGGUCUCGUGUUUUUUCCCAGCAUCCAUUUUUCGCCUCUUUUUUGUACAAGAGGGAGUUUUAACAAGUUGGUUAUUUAUCUACACGAAGCCACUGAUAUAGUUCAAAUGGCAAACUUACAAUUCUGUUAUAACAAGGGAUGUGCUCAGAAGUUCGAUCCAGAAGAGAAUUCGGAAGAUUCGUGUCAUUACCAUCCUGGAGAGCCAAUCUUUCAUGAUGCCAAAAAAAAGUGGUCCUGUUGUAAUAAGUACAGCACAGACUUUUCUGAGUUUCUAAGCAUAAAGGGAUGCGCUGUAGGGAAGCAUAACAGUGUCCCUCCAGAUAACACUGUCAAAGAAAGAAAAUCUGAUAUUCCAACUAAACCUAUUCCUACACCUACUCCUGUAAUAUCAAAACCCGUUGUAUCCCAAAGACCAUCAAGUACCGAGCCCACACGUGAUCUUCCAAUCGAAGUUGCAUCAAAUCUUAAGUCAGCUCUGGAAGAAUUAUCACUAGAUCCAUCCUUCAAACCACUACAGAAUUCUACAAUAGAAAAUAAUAAUAAAGGUAGUCCUUCAGUUGGUACAAAUUGCAAGAACACUGCAUGCAAACAGGUUUAUACGGGAACAGAUUCAGAUAGUGGACUCUGUCUAUACCAUCCCGGUGUGGCUGUAUUUCACGAAGGACUGAAGUAUUGGACUUGUUGUAAUCAGAAAACUAGUGAUUUCGAAGCAUUCCUUAAACAAAUCGGGUGUACUACAGGUCAUCAUAAUUGGACAGUGGAAGAUGCAAAAUCUACAAAUGCAACAUUAACUCUUCAACCAAAUACAAAUUGUCGUUUUGAUUGGUAUCAAUUUGGUGGUUGUGUUACAUUAGAUAUUUAUGCUAAAAAUAUAUGGCCUGAAACUGUUUCUAUUAAAGUUAACCAAAUAGUGUUACAUGUUUCAUUGAAAUUUGGUUUAGAUUAUCAAACAUUUGAAAGAGAUUUCAAUUUAUACGGUUCUAUAGAUCCAAAACAAUCUAUUGUUAAAUUAAUGCCAUUAAAAGCUGAAAUAAUUUUGAAAAAAGCUGAACCAAUAUCAUGGCCUACACUUGAAUGUAAACUAUUAGAUAAUAAUAAAGCAAAUAAUUCAAAUAUGAAUAACAAUGAAGAAACAAUAGAGAACAAUUUAAAAUAAAAAAAGGGAUGUAUUUCUAUGCUUUAUUAUGUAACCAAAGAAAAUAUGGUUAUUACAACGAUGAUGUAAUAAAACGAGAAUGUAAUCUGUAUAACUGAUAAAAGUAAUUCAUCAAUCUCUCAUAUAUGAUGUGAGUUUUCCAAUUGUUAAUACUGAAUAAUUAUGAAACAUUUUGUUUUUGUUUUUCUAACAAAAUAAAAAUGUUUGUUCGUUUG